AUGCACAUACCAAGUACACCUAGUAUGGUAUCUGUCGAUCUUGCAGACGAAACUAGUAGUUCUACAAAGCCAGUGAAAGCAUCCCAAAAGCAACUCGGAUGGCCGAAAUCUCACCAAUCAAAGAUCGGCUGGAUCGUGCUACCGGCACCACGUUCCCGUAAAUGGCAAAUAAGUCCGUGGAAGGGGGACGAAGGGAUCGGAGAGUUUCCCCCUUUCUUUUGUUUUUACGCCGUAGAUCCCACGCUUGGCUGGGCAAUAUCCACUAACGGAUUACUACGAAGCGCUCUCCCUCUGGAAUCAGUGGGUUGCUGGACAGAGCCAGUUGAACGCAUGUCACACGGCAAAAGCGCCGAUGAGCGGGAGGAACCCCUCAUAAAGACCCAUCAGACACUGAAACUCGCACAGACCGUUUUCAUUAUACGCAACACAGGAUCGACGACUAGAUAUAGAUAUAACCUCAACAAUGCUACAGAACCUUCCCCGCGGACCAAUGGCAAGAUCACUUCUGCUUCGGGCAAGCCUGAUAACCCGUCCAUUGCUUCAAUCCAUGUUUCUUCCCACUCUCCUUUCAAUUUCCCUGCUAUUGAAGAUAGACAAGAGAGCUCGGGGUUUUCAUGUGAGAUCAUCUGA